AUGCUCUCUUUACCACUACGAACACCAGGCAUUGCGCUUAUCGUGUUCUACCUUCUCGGAUCAUCGGCCACGAAACGCGGAAAGGCAACAAAAGCAUCACUAGAAGAUGGACAUGAUGGGGCUGGUGCGGGAUAUAGGACAGCAGCGCAGGUGUUCAGCAAUAGCGCUAGUGCACUCGUGGCGAGUUUACUCUGGGGCGCACUACAUGCACCUGGCUUCCCUGGAGCAAAAGUCGCAAGUGCUGCGCUAGAUGUGCCGGGCAAGGCGUACCAUGGCGAAUGGUGCCCGUUGGAUGCGGGUGUUAGUGGUGGAUGGAGUCGUACCUUGCUAUUCAUUGUGCUCGGACACUUCGCUUGUUGUCUGGGGGAUACGCUCGCAAGUGAACUUGGCAUCUUGUCGCCGCAACCGCCCAUUCUGCUUACUACCCUCCGCCCUGUACCACCCGGCACCAACGGUGGACUAUCGCUUUUUGGUACCCUUGCAUCGUUUGCUGGAGGCCUAUCUAUGGGUGUGACGAUGUGGUUCACCUUGAUCAUCGAGAACGCGGCCUGCCGCGGUGAGCCGGGACAGUGGUUCAACGAGCUUGCGCUUUGGGGAGCGUUCGCCGGCCUCGCGGGGAGCAUGCUCGACUCGCUUCUUGGCGCGACGCUACAGGAGACGGCGUACAGCCUAACGCGCAAGAAGGUUAUGUUGGAAGGACACGGAAGCCGCCCCGGAACACCUGCGGGCGAAGACGAAGAGAUCAAGGUUGUCAGCGGAAUCGACGUCCUGACCAAUAACCAGGUCAACCUUAUCUCUGCGACGGUCAUGUCGCUUGCCCUCGCAUACUUUGCCUGA